AUGAAAACACUGAUUGUUCUGCUUUGCAUGAUCGUUGCUGUAGCAUACUGUGAAUCAGAGCAAUGCCUUUUGUGCCAAAAUAUGGUAAAAGAUGCUAAAGAAGAGUUCAAUAACAACUUCUCUUCUGUAACCACAGAACAAGCUAUCACAUUUGGUAACAGCGAGUGUGAAAAAUAUGCUCCUUCAGACGGUGUAGCAGUAUGCAAAGCAUUUAUUGGUUCUCUUGUAAACGUUGCACUACAGUUCUUGAAGAGUGGAACUAAUAUUGAUACACUAUGCGCUCAAUUUAAAAUCUGUUAA